UUUUGUGGCAGCAGACUGUGCAGGUCUGCUACCCAGUGCGGUUUAUGACAGGAGGCGUACUUGUCAAGCUGGUAUUUAUAUUUCCACCGUCAUUCAAGAGACAAAUGACAUAUUAAAUAAACAAAUAAGACCGAGGAAACGUUAAGAAUAUAUUGACUACACCACCAUUGUCGCUGGUUUUCAAGUGUGUCCCGCGUUGUUUUGAAGGCCUGUUGCUGGCUACGGGGAAUCCUCGGGCUUGCCAGGGUAGAUGUCGCCGGGCCGAGAGGGCGUAGAAGACUACGACCGGAGCUCCGUGGACGAGUUGGUUCCACCAGGAUAAAGUCUCUCCCAGAGAAAUGAGGCUUGUGAUGGUGUCUGGACCUUCAAGUCUCACUUGCCUCACCUGCCAUUAACCUCAUUCCAACGCCACUUGAUCAUCUCUGGAGGGAUCUUCCUCAAAAAAUGAAUCGUUACCUACCUGUGGCGAGACAACACUUUCUGGCCACACUAGCCAGCACUAGUGUGGUUGUGAAGGCCAUAAGUGCCCUGGUGGUUCUCCUCUACCUGCUCUCCUGGGCUGUGAACACGUCGUAUUCACUGGGGGUCACCCCGGGUUAUCUAUUUCCUCCUAACUUUUGGGUGUGGACACUGGUCACCCAUGGGCUCGUAGAGCAGCAUGUGUGGGGUGUGGCGGCCAAUGUGGGGACGGUGAUGGCUUGUGGGCGCCUGCUGGAGCCUUUGUGGGGCGCCCUGGAACUGCUGAUCUUUUUUGCCGUGGUAAAUGUAUCAGCAGGCCUUCUAGCGGGCCUCUCCUACCUCCUCACCUACGUGGCCACCUUUGACCUAGUCUUCUUGUUUGCUGUCCGUGUCCAUGGAGCUGCUGGCUUCCUGGGAGGCGUCCUCGUGGCACUGAAGCAGACAAUGGGGGAUACAACUGUGCUCAGAGUUCCACAGAUAAGGCUCAAAGCAGCACCAGCUUUGGUCCUCCUCCUCCUGGCCUUACUGCGCCUCUCGGGGUUGCUGGAGAGCUCCGCCCCCCUGGCCGCGUACAGCUACGGUGCCCUCUCUGGCUGGGUCUACCUGCGCUUCUACCAGAGGCACAGCCGGGGCCGUGGGGACAUGUCGGACCACUUCGCUUUUGCAAGCUUCUUCCCUGAGGCACUGCAGCCGGCAGUGGGUCUGCUGGCGGGGUUUGUCCAUGCCGCCCUGGUCAAGGUGAAGGUGUGUCGGAAGAUGGUGAAGAGGUAUGAUGUGGGGGCACCAUCCUCUAUCACCAUCAGCCUGCCAGGGACGGACCCACAGGAUGCAGAGAGGAGGAGACAAUUGGCCCUCAAGGCUCUGAACGAACGUCUAAAGCGUGUGGAAGACCAGUCCACUUGGCCCAGCAUGGAUGAUGAAGAAGACGACGAGGACGACGAGGUCAGGGCAGACAGGCAGCCGCUCCUCCCAGGUGACCCUCCCUCUUCUAUACCCAGAUCAGGGGGACCCAUCGGCAUGUCCCUCUCCUCCACCCCCCCGUCCUCCAUGUUGCAGAGCGCUGGAGCACAGUCCAACCCGGAGUCAAGCAUCAUCAGCUUUGAGGACGCACCGUCCAGAUCGUAACCUAUUUAAUGCACAUGAUUGCGCUGAUUUAAGGGAGCAUCCCUGACUGGGAUCUAUUCAGUGACAUGUUGGACCUGUUUAUACACUCUCUGAAUCUGUGUCAUCGUAAAAACAAGACACGGGAACGUUGAACAUUCAGUCUUUUCACUUUUACACGUGUUGGAUGUCAAUUAGUGUCAUCAUUUAGGCCAAGUUGACACAAGUCCUUCUUCCUUGGAAGUAAAGCCGACUGUAUCCUCCUGGUUUAAUUCCAAGUGGCAGGAGGUGUGUGGACGGCACCAUGCAUCUCCUUCUCUUGCUUUUUCAAAUAACUAGCAAAUUGGAUGUACACUUUCUGUCUUUUUCAGAGGAGCCACAAGAGAAAGCUUGUGCCAGAGACUCCCUCCCAAAAAGACAGACUUUGCGCUUUGACUUGGUGUUUUUUGGUGAUUUGGCAACACAAUGAAGAGUGCAGGAAGUAAAGGAAAGAGAGAUGCUGUUGCUGUUGAACUAUGACUAACAAAUGUGCCAGCUGAGAAUAUUCUGGACCAAGUCUCCUUUGCUGCCUGUUCUCUGGAGAGGCAGGCUUCAACUAAACCAGGCACCCUUCACUGUCCUUCAACAGAGAACUGCUUGUGUUUCUUUUGCUCUAAGUUUGUUUACCUGCUCCUGGACAACAUUUUAGGUUGACUCCAUGUCUAAUCCUGGACUAUGUUCCUGUGUGCUCAAUGUUUAAGCUCUUUAAUGGUGCCAGAUUUAGAUAGAGCUGUGUGAAAUAUUGCAGCCCUUCUCUGUCCAUUUACAGUUUGUUAUUUUGGCUUAAUACAAACACGGGAAAUGAAAAGUACGGUUGCAUUUUUUUUUUUUUUUAAACGACGGAUUUAGUUGAGUCUUUGAUAGAGAGCUACACUGAUCACUAGUCAGCCUUGUUUGCUUUAUUUGCACUCGUUCAUUUGUAAAGUUACAGUGCUAGACAGCUGGUCAAUCAUGUUUCAGCUUCUAGAAUAUACACUGUUCCAUAUGUGUGGAGUGCAGGCUGAAACUGAUGUGUGGUAAGGUUAAGGUUUUACCUCUGACAAACAGAUACAUGUAGAAAUUUGAUGGGCUGUGCUCUGAUCUAACUUUCUAAUUAUGAUUUUCUUGGUUUUGUUUGCUUUUUCAUUAGAAUUAUGUCAGGUUGAAAACGGACAGGGGUCGGCAAAAAAAAAUAACUAAAGCCACAUGUUUAGCUUUUUUAAUGGUGUCGUGUGCAAAGAAAUUCAGAUUGCACAAAAAGAAGAAAGGCUCUCCAUUCAAAAGUAUCCUAUCCUUAAUAGUUUGAAAAGUUUUUUAUUUGGGAUUUUGAAUGUGUGCACUAGAGAAUGAUGUUUUUUGUUUUGUUUUUUUUGGUCAAACUGACUUUUGAUCAUUGUUUUUUUUUGUUUUUUUCCCCCAUGGUGAACAACUCCAUCUUAGGAAUUCUGGGGGAGAACUGUGGACCUUUUUUUUGUCAGAUACAGCCACAAGCGCUACUUGGAAAAACAUUGUUAAACACUGAAAUGAAAUAAAUUGUUUGGACUGAUUUAAA